AUGACUCCCUACAGGUCUUCCCUAUGGUCUCUGAAGAGAAUAUCUAGUAGAUUUUUCUCAGUUACAGCCUUAGCCAUCACCUGGUUUAUUGGAGAUAUCUUUAUCACAGGCAGUGAUAGUGGAUUUGGAAAUUUGGUGGCAAGUCGGCUUGACCGAAAGGGGUUUAAUGUAAUAUCCACUUGUCUCACAGAGAAAGGUGGCUCGGAUUUGAAGGCUGUGGCCUCUCCCAGACUGAACACCGUUCUGUUCAGGGAAGCAUGUAUUAGCUACAUAACAACUAAGCUGCCUGCUUUUAUGUUCAGGCAGGAUUUGCAGAAUUUUGGUGUAAAAGUGAGUAUCAUUGAGCCUGGUUUCUUCAAGACGGGUGUAACCAGGCUGGACCUCAUUGAAGCAGACCUGCAGAGACUGUGGAACCGUCUUCCUGAGGAGGUCAAGCACUCAUAUGAACCCAACUUCUUUUACGAAUAUGAGUAAAUACUGUAUACUGUAUGUUUUUAAAAUUGUUUAGUCAUGUCAUUACAAUGCUGAAACAUUCAUGUCUGUCUCUCAUCCAUUUCCUGUAGUCUAUAUUACAGAUGUAAAAGCUCAGGAUUUCUCAGGAUUUUUCUCCAGUUGAGACAUCUCCAAAGUGACCAGUUGCAUGACCUUACAGCCCGCCACCAGCUACUCACCCUUUUGGGAUACCAAGCUCAUCUGGGUCCCCCUGUCCUACCUCCCUGCAUUCAUUGCAGACUUCGCCAUCGCUGUUCUACUUCCUGUCCCCAAAGGCAACAGAAAGAUCCAUGCAAACCAAGUGGGUGUGGCAAACACGAGCCACUGGACCUUUUCCUUUAUCAAUCACAUCUAUGAUACGUUGUAGAUUGAAUUAAAUGCAUUAUUUUCAUUUCAGGGAUGUUGAUACUACAUAGAUUAUCAGUGGUGUAUGUAGUGCAAAUGGUGAAUAAUUUAAUGAAUAUUGAUAUUAAAUCUUCCUGUGUUGCCUACAAAAUACAGUGUGUGUGUGUGUGUGUGUGUGUGUGUAAGAGGUUAUUAUGCAUGUGAGUUAAUUUUCUCAAACAUAGAUUUUUGGUUAAUCACAAUGUAUUUCAAGGUAAGAAAAACAGACUGUUGAGAUUGU